CUGUCUCCACCUGCCUGGGUGUGGUUUGGGCCCUGCCCUACUUAGCCAGCAGGGCCAGAGGAGAGUUGAGCUCUGCUGCCUGAUUGCUGUGGCUGCUCUGCUCUGGGGACCUGAUCUCAGUUCCAUGAUGCAGCCAAUCACCACCAGCCUUCUGCUGCUCCUGGCAGCCUCCUUUCCUGUCCUGAAGGCUAAAGACCCUGUGGACACUACAGACCACUUCUUCUAUGACUGGCACCGCCUGCGGGUCGGGGGGCUGAGCUCUGCUGGCAUCCUCUGCACCCUGGGGAUCGUUGUGGUGCUCAGUGGAAAAUGCAAAUGCAAAUUUAACCGCAAAGCCAGCCGGCGUCCGACUGAGUCCCCCCACCUCAUCGCGCCUGGCAGCGCUAGUAACUGCUGAGCCAGGAUGGUGCUGGUGCCAGGUGUGGCCAGGGCUGCCCCCAUCGCUGCCACUGCCCAUCUGGGAAAGUGCCGGAGUCUAUUCUGCACAGUCACAAGUUCCAUUAAAAACGUUUCUGACCUUGAAA